UCUCCAAAAGAGUGCACUUUGGCUUUGGGAACGACAAGUCAACAUAUUUACACUCCUAUAUAUACAGAGCAGCCAGAUAAUUCUCUUACCUGCUAACCUGUACGGCACAAGUAUCUGAAGAGGAGAAAUAAUCCCGAGUGACACCAUGAACAAGCUGUUUGUCAUUACUGUGCUUGUAGCUCUCCUGGCUAUCAAUGCUGAGAGCUUCCGUGUGGCUAGACAGGCGGAGGGGGAGGAAGAAACCGUGAGCGAGAUCGCAGAGGAGGAAGGAACCCUGAGCAAGAUCUCAACCUCUGUCAAGUCCUACUACAGCCACUCCAUCGAUACUGCCUCUGGAUAUCUGGAGAGCCUCAGGGGACUGAAACUGGAGGAGAAGGCCAAGAACCUUUACGAAGACACCACCAGGGCCUUGAAGACCUACUCUGGCAUCCUGCAGGACCAAGUCUACCACAUAUUCUACGCCCAGCAGUAAAGACCCCUCCCUCCUUGACCCCCCCCCCCUCCCUCCCACCACUCCCCAACAGCACCCUAGAUCGUCGUAACUCUCGGUUGAAUUUUCACUUGACCUAAACUCAACCACCCCCGCGACCUCCAUAGUGCUACAGAACAUUCUAGAACCAUCGUUUCGGAGAACUUGUCUAGAUCUCCACAGUAAGCCCAGAGGGACUGGAAAAAGGAAACCUCUGAAUGUAAAACACAGUAUUACACAUAGCACCUUAUCAUGAGGAGUCUGUAGGUAUGCAUUAGUCUACAGGAGACUACUAUUGGAAGUCUGAGGAUAACACGGUGUUUGUAGUUACUGCAGCGCCCCCUGGUGACCUUCUCCGCCUCAUCAAGCAAUGGAUCUAGGACCUCAAUAAAAAAGUUUCAGAAAAGCAACAUAUUUAUGCCACAGUUCUUGAAAUAAAAAUAAAGAAUGUGUAGUUAA